AUGAAAGUCACUGUAAAAACCACCCAGCAAAAAGUUUUUAACAUCGACGCUGAGGCCACAGAGUCUAUCGGUGCCAUCAAGGCAAAGAUUGAACAAUAUCAGGGCUUCGCAGCAUCUUCCCAGAAGGUCAUCUACGCCGGCAAGAUUCUCACUGACGACAAAACUCUUGAAUCAUGUGGCUUCAAGGAGAAAGACUUCUUGGUUCUUAUGCCCAAGCCCACACCGUCACCCAUGCCUGCGAUCACUUCAACCCCUGCUCCUGCUCCCGAUGUUGCUCCCGUCGCUCCAGCUGCCUCCAUGCCAUCUGGUGAAAGUCCUGCUACUCCUCCUACCUAUGCUGAGUCUCCUUCCGCGUCGACACCUGUCCCUGCAUCAACCACUCCCACUGAAAGUCACGCUGCUGGAAGCUCUUUCCUUUCUGGUUCCGCCCUGCAAACCUCCAUUCAAAGUAUGGUGGACAUGGGUUUUGAGCGUGAACAGGUCAUGCGUGCCCUCCGAGCAAGUUAUAACAACCCUGAGCGGGCUGUAGAGUACCUGAUGACCGGUAUCCCGGCACAUCUCGAAGCAGAAGCUGUUGGUCCUGCUGCGGCAACUUCUCGGACUCCUGCUGCAACUGCACCGGCAACUCCCGCUGCUGCGCCUGCGCCUGCACCUGCAGCUGCGACACCAUCUAAUCAACCUCAGAAUCUGUUCCAACUCGCCCAGCAACAACAGCAGCAAGGUGCCGGUGCUGGUGCCGGUCUUAGUGCUGGUGCAGCGGCUGGCGCUGGUGCUGGCGGAGGUCAACAACUAGACUUGGCCGCACUAGCUAGCUCUCCCCAGAUGCAGCAACUCCGUCAACACCUCGCUUCGAAUCCGGAGGCCAUACAGCCUUUGGUUCAAUCUAUCGCUGCUCAAAAUCCUGGUCUCGCACAGCUCCUUGCAUCUAACCCGGAGGCGCUCAUGAAUCUACUUGGUGGGGGCGACUUAGAAGGCGAGGAAGGGGAUUUACCUCCUGGUGCACAGGUUGUGAAUGUAACUGAAGAGGAAAGGGCAGCUAUUGAACGAUUGGAAGCGCUUGGAUUCCCUCGGCAACUUGCUAUCGAAGCGUAUUUUGCGUGUGACAAGAACGAGGACCUUGCCGCAAAUUAUUUGUUCGACAUGGGUAACGACGAUUAA